CCCGCCGCGCCCCUUCGGGCCACCGUGUCCAGCCCAGCACUGGACUCGGGCCUGGCAUGCUAGGUUCUCAGACCCGGGCCGGGGCGGGGGCGGCCGGGAGCGGCUUUAGAAGGUGGUCUGUCCAGGCGCCCUGCGGCACGCAGCCGCAGCCCCGGAGCCGCAUCCGCGCAAGCGCUUUCUCGGACCCCGCUUCCCUUUCCUCCCUGGGCUCUGCGUGCGCUUCUGGGUAGGUCUCUGUUGACAAGGCUGGCCUAGGACCGAAACAGAGUGAGUUUUUCCACAGCUUGACACCCUGAAGCAGUCGCUUGGCCAUCAUGGGACUGCAGAAGACUGUGGCUGCACUCGGCUCAGAAAGGCAUCUAAAGGAUGGAAGAGACGAUGCUGAUGAUCCCCAGUCUAUGAAGGGUUCUGUAUCAUUUGAGGACAUAUCUGUGGACUUCAGCUGGGAUGAGUGGCAGGACCUGGAUGUUGCUCAGAGGACACUCUACAGGGAUGUGAUGCUGGAGAACUACAACAGCCUCAUGUUUUUGGGACAUUGCAUGACCAAACCUGAGCUAAUCUUCAAGUUGGAGCAUGGACUUGGGCCAUGGGCAGUGGCAGAAGCCUCUGUCCAGAGCCUUCCAGGUAUUCAUAAAGCCAUUACCCCAACUGAGACCCAUCAGGAAAAUCACAAGGGGCAUUUGUGCCAAGUCGAAAUUGCCAACAACCAGACAUCAAGUGAGGAAAUUUUUGAAGCAGACCUGAAGUGGGCAGAGAAAAUCAGCCACGCGACAUCUUAUAAAGGUAAAGGAUGUGUGAAGAUGUGUUGCCAGCAGUCACAGCACACGAGGAGUCAGAUGAUUGACACAUGCAAGAAAAGUUUCAGUUACAUGUCACCUCUCAGUAACUGCCAGAGGCUUCUUAAAGAAGAGACACUGUAUACACGUAGACAGUGCAGGAAUACAUUCUCUUGGAACUCACACCUGGCCGAACAUCAGAGACAUCAUAAAGGUAAGAAGCCCUGUGAAAGCUCAGGAUGUGGGAAAGCUACUCACACCAAGUCUCAGCGUCAGAGCACGCACACAGAUGAGAAGCCCUACAAAUGUUUAGAAUGUGGGAAAUAUUUCUACUAUAAAUCACAAAUCACUGAACACCAAAGAAGUCAUACAGGUGAGAAACCUUAUGAAUGCACAGAAUGUGGAAAAUGCUUCAGCUAUAAGUCCCAUCUCACUGUACAUCAGCGAAGUCAUACAGGUGAAAAGCCACAUGAAUGCACAGAAUGUAGGAAAGUUUUCUACUAUAAGUCACAACUCACUCGACACCAGAGAAGUCAUACAGGGGAGAAGCCCUAUGAAUGUAUGAAAUGUGGAAAAUCGUUCUACUGUAACACACAUCUUUCUCUACACCAGAGAAUUCAUGUAAGUGAGAAACCCUAUGAGUGUGCAGAAUGUGGGAAAGCUUUCUCUUUCAGUGCAUGCCUCACUCGACAUCAGCGGACUCAUACAAAUGAGAAGCCCUAUGAAUGUCCACAAUGCCCUAAAGCUUUCUACUUUAAGAAACAGCUUACUCAUCAUCAGAAAACUCACACUGCUGAGAAGCGCUUUGAAUGUAAACAGUGCGGUAAAGCAUUCUACUGGAGGUCUAACCUUGCUGUGCAUCAGAAAACUCACACUGGUGAGAAGCCCUUUGAGUGUAAACAGUGUGGAAAAGCAUUUUACUGCAAGUCCCACCUCACUGUGCAUCAGAGAACUCACAUAAGUGACAAGUUCUAUCAAUGCACAGAAUGUAGGAAAGCAUUCUACUCUCAGACACAGCUUGCUGUACACCAGAGAACUCACACCAAUGAGAAGCCCUAUGAAUGUAAGCAAUGUGGGAAGACAUUCUACAGCAAGUCUGGACUUACUGCACAUCAGAAAACCCAUACAGGUGAGAAGCCCUAUGAGUGUAACCAGUGUGGAAAAGCAUUCUAUAACAAGUACUUGCUCAUUGAGCAUCAUCGAGUCCAUACAGGUGAGAAGCCCUAUCAGUGCACAGAAUGCAUGAAAGCAUUCUACUGCAAGAAAUAUCUUUCCCUACAUCAGAAAACACAUGCAAGUAAGAAGUCAUUUCAUUGUUCAGAGUGUGGGAAAGCUUUCUCCUGGAUGUCACACCUCACUCAACAUCAGAGAAUCCAUACAGGUGAAAAGCCCUAUGCAUGUGGACAGUGUAGAAAAGCUUACUACUUUAAAAAACAACUCACUCGACAUCAGAGAACUCAUACCCAUGAGAAGUCAUUAUCUGUGAAUAAUGCAGGAGAAUGUUUCACUGCAAAUGCCACCUCUCUGUGUGUGAAAGAAGUCAUACAAGGGAGAAACCCUGUGAGUGUGCCAAAUGCAGAAAAUUUUCUCCUUCAUGCCACACCUCACUCAGAGUCAGAUAAGAAAGACUAAGAAUGUAAAGAAUGUGUGAAAUCUUAUUCAAGUGUAUAAUCAGAAAGCUUGCAGGUGAGAAUCUGAUGAAUGUAAAAACUGGAAAAUUGCUAGUGUAAGCCAGCUGUUACUCAACCAGUGAACUGGAGUCUGUCUGUAAACAUUGUUGGAAGGCAUAGUACCACAUAUGCUGUUGUAAGAGAAGCCACACAUGGGAAUUUCUCCUAUAAAGUUAAAAAAAUAGAGAAAAGCUUUAUCAUUCUUCAAAUGAGUCGAGUAUAUUGUAGGUGACUAACACUGAAUGUAAAGAAGAGAGGAAAGCUUUCUAACAUUAAGCCCCAUUAAUUCACACCUGAAAACUUGUGCAGGUGUGAGGUCCAGUGAAAUUAAUAAAAACAGACACAUGUUGAAACAGAAAUCUACAUUAGAAACUUCAUGUGUGAUAUGACAAGUAAGGAAAAAAAAUCAUACUAUGGUAUAAUACCACUUGCUUUCUAUUCUAGAUCCUUGUACUGUGGGUUUACUGAGACUCAGUGAUUGAAGACUAGCUUUAGCAACAUAGGUCGAUUCAUAUGAUCAAAAUCAUCUAAGCCUUCUUGAAGUGCCCCAUGUCAUGUAAUGACACUGUAACCCAUGUGUUUAAAACCCUAAGAAUAUAAAGAGUGCAAAAACUUUUGAAGUGAAUUUGAAAUUCAUCUGGCACAGGAUUCCAAUGUGAAAGCAUACUUUUGUAGUCCAAAUGACUUUAUUACAAAGUUUCAUCAACAAUUCAUGGAUGUAAGGAUUCUCAAAAAGUCAUUCAGCCAUGCUUCCACAGUACCAGCCAUCAGAUAAUUUAUGAAGAUGAGAGCACAUCUGAAGUUUAAAAGUUAACUUGAUUUAAAUGUGGCUCAGUGGCAGUGUGCUCAUGAGUCUUUAGCAAUAUUCUACACUAGAAGUUUUCUUGUGUCAUGUUGAUUAAGUAUACUUAUGUGCAUGGCUCAUUUGUUUAUCAGUUAAAAUCAUCCACAAGUUUUAACGCUUCACCAGAUAUGAACAUUUUGAUUGUGUUUACAUUUUUUAAUUGUUUCGUUUUGAGACAAGCUCUUGAUCUAUAGCUGCAUAUCCCCAGGCCUCUGCUUGUGCAUAGGUAUGAUCUCUUCUUUCUCAUCCUCUCUCUCUCUCACACACACACAGAACAUGUACCUUUUUUAUACAUUAGAAAAUUGUAUAACAAAACAUGAGUAUAUGUAAUUUUCAUGUGAUUUUUCAAAUAUAAUUUUUAUUAAAUGUGCUAUCAGAAAUCAAAAUGUUAAACUAUAACCCAAUAAAGAAACAUAAUGAUAUUCCUUGCCAAUAUCUAGAAGGCAAUUUCUUUUUUUUAAUUUUUGUUUUUGUAGUGCUUUGGAUCAAACUCACAGACUCAGGAAUGCUAGGCAAGUGUUCUAGGCAAUGUUUUCACGAAUUUGUUGUCAUCACCGGAGCUCUGUAGUUGAAAUUAAUCUAUUGAAGGCCAUAUAUAUGAUUUUAUAUAUGUGCUUUAUGUAUAGUAGACUUUAUAUACUUUAGUAGCUUCAGCACGCCAUAUAGAAUAUCUGAAUUUUGUCUAAAAAUAUAGCAAUUGAAGGUCAGAGUAUACCUUAGCAACAUGGCAUAUGCCUUUGCAAGUAUACUUUAUAACUGUCAUCCCCAGCACACACAAAUAACUUAGAGAAGCUUAAAGACAGGAAGCAUAAUUGAGAAAGAGGUACCAGACAGCCAUGCCCUUGUGAGCUUGACCAAGCAAAUAAUAAUAAUAAUAAUAAUAAUAAUAAUAGUAAUAUGGUUACUACAACAACUACAGAAUGUAUACCUUAAAAGGUUACAACAUUGAAAGAAAAUUAAAAUUACUGCCUCAUGGGGUAUAUUCAAGCUAUCAAAGACAGAUUUAAGGAUGUAUAUGUUUGUUUUUACUAACAUUGUAUACUUGUUUUUACUAACAUUGUUAGGAGAGCUGGUUUUUGUAAACUGGGUCAUACAGAGAACUAUUGUGUCCUAUGGUGGUUUGCCAUAUGGGGGUCAGGGAAGUUUUCAGUCUCUAGCUAUAUUUAAGAAUUUUGAUGCAGAAGGAGCUUCAUUUCAGUGGUUAUCACUUUAUUAUGGACUGUUAAAGAUAACUGGGGUAUGUAGGUUGAUUGUCAGUUACCUCAUGAAUGGUUGUAUUCUUUAAAACAUUCAUGAUUGUGGUUAUGAUCAUAAUUGAUUGCCAAGAUGAGCUCUAUUUGGCCUCGUUUUUUUUUUUUUUUUUUCAAAAUUAAACAACAACAACAAAAAACUAAAUUAUUACAAACCGUUGAGGGUAACUAAGAAAUGCAAGUUGAUGGUCAGCCACCUUAUGGAUAAUCAGGGCCUUUAAUAUGUUCAAAACUCAGAACUGAUCCAGUUAAUUACAAAAUUAAGUUUACCUACUCUCCUUUUUUUAUCUUUUCAUGGUUACGCCUAACAUGAGUAACUAAAUAACUAAGAUUGUUUAAUUCAGAUAUUCUUGUUAGGAACCGGCCUUCGAACCUGUCAGAAAAUGUAUUAAAUAUAGCAUGAAAAUGCUUAAACUUAUUAUGACAAAGAAUCCCAGAUCCUAACAGUGACUUCCAAAGGUCUCCAAGAACAAGCACAACAAGGACUUCACCAGGAUUGUGGAAUGCUAACCACAGGGAAAGACUGCCCAAUGCCUGGGCCACUGCUGGGAUCCAACCUGAACUGUAGACAAAGAGGACACCCAAGGAUAUUUUUUUUUCAAGCACAUUUCUAGCACUACUGUGAAAUGUGAAAACACAUUUGAAAGCACUACAGGAAAAGAGAAUAUCAUUUCUGUUUCAUUUCAUUUCCCACAUUUAUUUAUUUAUAGACAAGUCUCUCUAUAUAGCCUUGGCUAGCCUUGAUCUUAUAAAGGUUGCCUCUGCCCCCCAAGUGCUGGGAUUAAGGUCAUGUGCCAGCACUCCUAGACCUCUGCUUUAUAUAUUUAUUUGUUGAUUGUUUUCUUGAACACAUUAAUUUUUCAAGUGGAAGGAUGUCUACAUAUUCUUUAAGAAUAAAGACUACCAUUCAGAUGGUUUGGUGGCUUAGCCCUCUCAUACACUGAGCUCACUGAGGCAGGAGGAUUGUUGAGUUGUUGAACUGGUAGAGAAAAUGGACAGAACCAAGACCCAUGAAGGAUAAUAAAGGUCCAUUUCCUUAGUGACUGCUAGAGCCCCAGGCCUCAGAUAGGGCAAAAAGGAAAGCCCAGCUCCUGAUAUCCAGACAUAAAACAACUACCUUUAUUUAGUUUUUGUGUUGUGACUCCUUGGUAGUUAGCUAAGUUAUGUGGAAACCUGCUCCACUCCUCUGCCUCCAGGGUCAAAAAUCACUGUGGUUAAGAAACACUCUUUUUUUUUUUUUUUUCUUUUUUCUUUAAAAGGCUCUUUAUCUUCAAGAUCCCAGUCAUGUUAUUUAUGAUGAUGAAUCAGCUUUUCAGAGUUGAAGAUUUGCUCUUUCUCCUGUUACAGCCUUGAAGGAGUACUGUGGGGUGCUCCGCUCUGGACCCUGAAUUAAGCACAGAAUACACCCGAAUACUAAUUUCUACACACAAAGCAAACACAAAGAGAUCCUUUAUUAAGCAAGGCGAAGUCGUAAGGUGGCAGAAUCUGAAUCCAGAAGCAGCUGCAAACAGCUUUGCAAGUUCAGAUUUUAAAAGGGAAAGGGGGAAGGACUGUGUUAGAAUGAGCUAGGGCAUAUCUGAUUGGAUAUUUUAAUGAGGUUAGUAAAAAAAAUGAAUUUUGAUAGUUGGACUUUGGUGAUCAGGUUUAGGAAUGAGUAGGUAGCCUAAUAAGGGAAUAGACCCUGGUGGCUAGCUUUAGGAAUGUAGUCUGUAGGGUAAUUCAUUCCUGGUCCUUCCUACUGGUGUUUUACUUUUUUGAGACACGGUCUUGCUAGCCCUGGAAUUUGCUACAUAGACCCGGCUGGUCUCAGACUCACAGAGAUCCUCUCCCUGGUGUUGGGAAUAAAGGUUUGCUUUAUCACA